CGUUGCUUAUAGUACAGUUUUUUUUUUUUUUGUUAAUUCAUGGUUUAUUUCGCUGGGAUACUAGUUAUUUUGUUUGGGUGGCGAGAUUCUGAGUGUGUUUCUGCAAAGUGAAGCUGCUCGCUGCUCGCUGCAGACACACUGUGUAUAACACAUCUUAUAUUUGAAAUUGUUUUUUGUUAUCUUUCUUACUAGGUGCUGUUGAAUAGCCGGUGAAUUAUAGCAAAGAUGUUACUGACGCUCUUCGAGGCUGGCAGUUCUCUCAUAGAUAAUGCGGUGGAAAAAGUCGGUGACAAUUUGACAUCUAUGGUCCUUGUGACCACCGCUUUUAUUCUGAGCAUGGGGUAUCUUUCAAAAGCGGUUUUCAAACAGUUCCAACCACAUGACAAAGAAUUGAAAUACCCGCCAUAUAUCCCAUCAAGUAUCCCUUUUCUCGGUCAUGCUAUAGCAUUUGGAAAGAGUCCGAUUGAAUUUCUUGAAAAUGCAUAUGAAAAGUAUGGGCCUGUUUUCAGUUUUACAAUGGUGGGCAAGACAUUUACAUACCUAUUAGGCAGUGAUGCAGCAACAUUGAUUUUUAACAGCAAAAAUGAAGAAUUAAAUGCAGAAGAUGUGUAUUCCCGGCUUACAACACCUGUUUUUGGCAAAGGAGUUGCUUACGAUGUGCCUAACCCAAUCUUUUUGGAGCAGAAAAAAAUGUUAAAGACAGGAUUGAACAUUUCCCAGUUUAAACAACACAUUCCUAUGAUUGAAGAGGAAACCAAGGACUAUUUGAAACGCUGGGGGGACAGUGGGGAAAAAAACCUAUUCGAGGCCUUGUCUGAGCUCAUUAUCCUGACGGCUAGCCGCUGUUUGCACGGUAAGGAGAUCCGGGACAUGCUGGAUGAGAAGGUUGCUCAGCUGUAUGCAGACUUGGAUGGAGGCUUUUCUCACGCUGCAUGGCUUCUCCCAGGAUGGCUUCCCCUGCCAAGUUUCAGGCGGAGGGAUAGAGCACACCUGGAAAUCAAAAACAUAUUUUACAAGGUUAUUCAGAAGCGCAGACAGACCGAGGAGAAAGAGGAUGACAUUCUGCAGACUCUAAUAGAUGCUACCUACAAGGAUGGGAGGCCCCUGAAUGAUGAUGAGAUUGCUGGAAUGCUGAUUGGGCUGCUGCUGGCUGGACAGCACACCUCCUCCACCACUAGUGCUUGGCUGGGCUUCUUCCUGGCCAAAGACAAGCCUCUGCAGGAUAGCUGCUACGCAGAACAGAAAGCAGUGUGUGGGGAAGAGCUGUCACCACUCGAGUAUGACCAGAUUAAGGAUCUAACCCUACUGGAUCGCUGCUUAAAAGAAACAUUAAGACUUCGCCCUCCCAUCAUGACCAUGAUGAGAAUGGCGAGGACUCCUCAAAAGGUCGCAGGUUACACAAUCCCUCCCGGUCAUCAAGUGUGCGUGUCUCCUACUGUUAACCACAGACUGCAAGACACCUGGCUCCAGAGAUUGGAUUUCAACCCUGAUCGCUACCUACAUGAGAACCCAGCAGCAGGCGAGAAGUUUGCAUACAUACCAUUUGGGGCUGGUCGCCAUCGUUGUAUUGGUGAGAACUUUGCCUAUGUACAGAUCAAGACAAUUUGGUCCACAAUGCUGCGUUUGUAUGAAUUUGAUCUUAUGGAAGGAUACUUUCCAACAGUAAACUACACAACCAUGAUUCACACUCCAAAUAACCCUAUUAUAAGAUAUAAGAGGCGUGUACACUGACCAGCUCAGUGAAAGGCAGUUCCCAAAUGACUCAUUUAUCUACACAUGAAAGGAUUUUUGGUGUACAGGUAUACAUAGUGAAAUUAAAAAGUGUUUUUUUUUUUUUUCAACUAAUAUGUCAUUACUUGAAUUAAUUUGUUUCCAUAUAGUAGUUUGAAAUUUGUCUGGCUGCAGUUCUGUGACACACAAAAAUAAUCUUCAAGAUAAAUCGUUCUAUUUGUAUGUUGUUUAAUAUUUGAUUUAUAUAAAUACGGUUUAUAUAGGCAAAUUAAUGCUCUAAAUAAAUAAGAUGCCUGCAAAAAUCUAUCUUGACUGUGAAUCAUAACAAUUAUACAUUUACAUUGAAAUUAGUCAUUUCUGUUUUUUUCUGUGUCUUACACUUAUGUGAAAUGAGUAUCAAAUCUUUUGUGGAUGCUCUUUUCAAACAGGUGCCAUAGCAAAAGGCCCAACUAUAGGGACAGCAAUUAACAAAUACUAGAACCGCAGAGUUACAAACACCUUGGGAAUGGAGGUUGUUCGUAAGUCUGAAAUGUCUAACUCUGAAAUAGUUUUCAAUGGUUAAAAGUGUAUACCUGCCAUCUACUGCCUUAAACUGGCAAAUAAUACAAAGGUACAGCACAGUAUAGCAGUACUUGUAUUGAUAUGGCUUGAAAGGCUUUAAAAUUGUACUAUAAGGGGGGAAAUGCAAAAUUGAAUGUACUAUUCAAAUUGCAACUGUAUCAUAAACACAGAUUUAAAUGUCCAGGAAAAGCUGGGUUAAUGUAGUGCUUGUUUUUACAUUAUUUUAAACAAAAUGCAUUCGUGCAGCUUGCUCAGUCAUAGCCCUUUUGCUUUGUAUAAAACUAAAAUGUUCCUAGUAAAAUUCAAAGCCUCAUCAUCUGCAGGUUUGCGUAAGAUACAUUUGUUUUUCCUGCUCUACUGUCUUUCAUCUCCUUUUGCACUGUUGGAUUUUUUUUUUCUUCACCUGGUAUAAUAUUGCUGACAAUUCCAAACAUUGUAUUCUCCUUGCUGACAUGAUACCAUGAUUUUUUUAGGUUUUCUUUCAAUUGAAAGUGUAAAACAUUUACUUACAGUACCAGUAGGUCGAUGUUGUGCUUUUUUAAAUGAUUUUGCUUGCACUGUAGGCAUGUUUGAGUGAUUGCAUACUUCCAGCUCAGACUGGUCAGUUCUUAAGGUUUGUAUUUCGUAACUUUUAGGUUCGACUGUAUUAUGAUUUAUAUGCCAAAAUCUGUAUGUAAACAUGCAUGGCAGGAUGCAUUAGUGUAAGGAAAGAGAUAAUGAAAAGAUUAUAAUUACAGAACAAUGAUUCAGGGUGCAAGCUGUGCAAACCUGCUGUUAUGUGGACAGUCUGUGCUGCUAGAAUGUUGUAUUGCCUUAGAAAGGGGCAAUAAAAUGACCUCGACCUGACCUGGUGCAAGCAAUACAUUGCUGACACCCCCAGAUUAGCCUGCAACCUGCUUUGCACUUAGGAGUAUAGACUAUAAAACAGCAGGCACUUGGAGGUGCAUUUAAGAUCCAUGAACACACUCAAGCACUGUGUCUGAUGCUUCCCAGAAAUUAGUAACAUAUCAGUGAUUGCUUAAUUUCUGCUAAUAACUAGUAGCCUCACUGUUGUAUCUUGUGAUGGUGAUUAAGCUGUACAAAUGUGACUUUUGAUUAUUGGAAUCAAUAAAGGAAAAAUCCAUUCUACUGAAA